AUGUCUAAAGAUACCAUUGGCGCCUACACCAUCGGCGCCGAGAUCGGCAAGGGCAGCUUUGCCACCGUGUACAAGUGCUUGGACAACCGCACCCACCAGGCGGUGGCGAUCAAGCUGAUCGUGCGGUCGAAGCUUAAGCUGCGCAAGUUGGUGGAGAACUUGGAGGUGGAGAUCUCCAUCCUUAAAACGAUGCGCCACCCGCACAUCGUCAUGCUCUUGGACUACUACCAGACGGCGCUGCACUUCCACUUGGUGAUGGACUACUGCCUGAUGGGCGACUUGCUGUACUUUAUCCGCAAGCGCCACCUUCUCGUCAAGUCGCACCCGGUGAUCGCGCUGUUGCUUCAGCGCUACCCGCUGGCGCCGGCGCUGGGCCCCGGACUCAACACCACGGUCGUCAUCCACUUCCUCCAACAGUUAGCGCUGGCGCUCGAGUUCUUGAGGGAGAAGCUGUUGGUCCACCGCGACAUCAAGCCGCAAAACCUCCUCUUGUGCCCCCCAGCCCAUUCCCAGGAGCUGUUCGCCGCCGCCGGCUACGCGGGGCUCUGGGAACUCCCCAUCCUCAAAAUCGCCGACUUUGGCUUCGCCCGCGUGCUUCCGCUGACGCUGCUUGCCGAGACUCUUUGCGGGCUGCCCCUCUACAUGGCGCCGGAGAUCUUGCGCUACGAAAAGUACAACGCCAAGGCCGACUUGUGGCUGGUGGGCGCCGUCCUCUACGAAAUGAGCUGCGGGCGCCCCCCGUUUAAGGCGCUGAACCACAUCGAGUUGCUCAAGACGAUCGAGCGCGCCCAGGACCGCAUAAAGUUCCCCCUGCCCACCACUCAAGAAGUGCCGGAGCCGCUCAAACGGCUCAUCCGGCUGUUGCUCCGCUACAACGCCACCGAGCGCAUCCUGUUUGCCGAGUUCUUCGCCGACGAGUUGGUCACCACCAAGCUCGAAGGUAACAACACCCCGCUCGCGCCGGAAAUGGACGAAAACCUCUACAUCCUGGAGUACAUCCUGCCGUUGCCGCAACUGGAGCGUCAGGCACACCCACAUGCGAUGAUCGAGUCGAAGUUCGCCGACAACCAGCCGCUGGACGAGGCGCGGAUCAUGCAGUUGAUUGACAAGCUGUCGCCGCAGCCGCAGGACCCGGCGGAGGCGGGUGCCGUCAAGGCCGCCACGGCGCUGGCUCUCGCCGAUCUGGCACCGGCGCCACCGCUCGCCCCGGCGAUGCUGCUGCCGGCGCCCGACGCCAUGGCCGACUACGUGGUGGUGGAGAAGCGCGCCGUUGAAGUCAACGCUGUUGCCGACGCCAUCACCAACGACCGCCGCGCCAGCGGCGACCAGGGCGGUGGCGCUCACCCGGCGCUCCAGAUCGUCAACCGGCGGCGGCCGCUGUUUGACCGCCGCAUGAUCUCGCUCUCGCCGCUGAGCGCGUUGCUGAAGGCGAUCGGGCUCGCCCUGCAUCGGUUGUUCGGCACCAAGGCCGACGACGACCUCCCCGAGGCCAUCGCCGAACACACCGGCGCCACCUUCUCCACCGUGAUCAGCGCCCCACCGGCAGUGGUGGCGCAGCACAUGGCCCGGCCGCCAGUAUUGCCGCCGCUGGCCCGGGCGCCGGCGCUGCUGAUGCUGGCGCUGACGGCAGCAGUACUGGGCGACGCCGAGGUGCUCCAGCGACUCGAGCUGCUUGCCACCAAAGCCCACGCUAUCAUCCUUUUCGCCGACGUUAAGUUCAGCCAAUUGGUGCCGAUGCGCCCUGACGACAACGACGACGGCGACGGCGCCGCCGACACGUUGGCGCUCCCGCUGAAGAUGGUGGUGCAGAUCCUGGAGGAAGGCGUCGCCCUCUACGUGAAGACGUUGCUGUUGCUCGCGCGGGCGAUGGAAGUGGCGCUGGAGUGGUGGUACCACGAAGGGAUGCACGCCGGCGUCACCCAGAACACCGGCGCCAUCAACGAGUUGGUCCAGUGGGUGCGCGACCGGUUCAACGAGGCGCUCGAGCGGGCGGAGUACCUCCGGUUGCGCCUCGAGGACGCCAGCCAUGACAGCGGCAGCAGCGAUAGCGAGCACGCGCCGCCGCUGGCGACGGCGCUGCAGGCAGCGCCGAUCAUCGCUCUGAAGCUCAUCUUUGAGCGUGGCCUCGAGAUGCUGCGCAACGCCGCCAUCAACGAGUUGGUCAAAGAGGACCUCAAAGGGUGCGAGUUGGCGUACCUGACGGCAAUCUGGAUGCUCGAGGCGUUGCUCGACGACGAGGGCGACGACGAGGCCAAGCUCGACACCCACGACCGCCAGAUGGUCGAGAAGUUCAUCGUGCUGAUCGGCAACCGGUUGGCGGUGCUCCGCAAAAAAUUGGAACUCAUGGUGUGA